AAUGGAUUAGAUUGAAUAUGUUAAUCUUGAAAAGAAGAAACCUUAGAUUAAAUAAAAUAAUUAAAGAGGAAGAUAAAAUAAUAGACCUAACAAAAAUGAUAGAAAUAGAAGAAAUCAAAGAGAUAAUUAACCAUUCAAAAAUUAAAGAAAAUAAUAAUGGAGAAAUAAGGAUUAAUAAAGAUAAAAUGUAGAUUAAUUAAUUUUAUUAUUAAGCGUCCAUUUUAAUCUGAGAAUAGAAUAGUGGCAACUGGUAAAAGAAGAAGACAAUUAAAAUAAAGAAAAUUUACUUAAAGACCUAAAGCCCCUAGAAAUAUUCAACCAAAUGUCAUUAUAAAAGGAUUGGAUCCUAAAAUGACAGAAGCAGGUUUAUAAGUAUUGAAAAUCAUUAAUUUUUAUAGGAAGCUUGUAAAGAUUUUGGUCCAAUGAAUAUGUGCAAAUUAGACAGAGAUAAUUUUGGACAAGUGAAGGUAAUAUAAAUUAUUAACUUUUGAACAGCCAGAAGGAAUUGGCUUAAUUAGGUUUACAAGAGUAGAAGAUGCUAAGGCAUGUGUAGAAAAGUUAGAUGGUGUUACUGUGUAAAUAAUUGGGGAAAAUAACAAUGUAAAUUAUUGAAAUACUAUAAUAGGAAAAAGUAAUAUCUGCAACCUUUGUUGGUGAUUCAGAAUAAGUUGACAAUAAUAGAAAUAGAGGUGUAUUGAACAUUACUAAGAGACCUAUAAAAAAAAGGUAUUGUUUGAAUAAAUUUUAAAUAGAGAUUGGAGAAGAUGAA